GCUUCGAAUGUUAUCACUCGAUUGAAUGGGCGUUAUCAGUGGUUAUCAUUCCAUAUAUAUGGGCCAGUAGGGGCCUGCUGCGCCUACUGGUAGGCUCAGAAGGCUGUUAUCAUCCAUCCACAUGGUUAAUCACCGACAAAUACAGGAGAAGACUCCAGCUCCAAUCCCAGAAUCCAGCUCGCCGGUAAUCGGAAGUCUACUGAAUGACGCAGCUACGUUGGAAUAUUUCGCGCUUGAUUUUUGAUAAGAUAUGGGAAAAACAGUUAAGACCACACGUUCCAGGAGCGUUAAGAUUAAGGUGGUGAGGAGGGGUAUCUUUGGCCCAGCAAAGGUUUCUUACCUUAGUCAAGGUCUUCCCCAGCCCAACUCCAAACAGACCAACCCAACUAUUACAUCUCAACCUGCUGAACCUGAUGAUGUGUCACCGAACUGUAGUUCUGAGAGUGCAUACAGUAGGGCAAAGAAGAGAGAGCUUCAUGCCUGGGAUGCAGUCAAGGAUGACAUGCUUAAGAAUGUCUACUAUGAGCCAUCCUCCCUGGGGUUAUUCCUAUAUUUACCUGAAGGCCAUAGCACCCAUGCUGUGUACACAAAGGACAUGAAGGUCAUUGUCAGCACAGGACGGCUCUGCACCGUCACAGUGAAUAUGUGUGCAUGUGAGCCAGAAACCUGCACUCUGCUCAGGUAUGGUCUCUGGCCGGCAACAGCCGACAAGCCCCAGACAGCCUUCUCCAUAACUCUCCUAGAGCUUUUUGUUUGUCUGUCACUGGAGUGUCAGGUUUCUGUCGAGGGUUUUUGCAACACCAUGCGCUGGAAAAAUAACCUCACACUUGCAGAGGUUAACACACUCUACAGAGCCCUGGUGGGAGAAUCCAUAUCCCAUUUUAGGCAUCACCACUUCCGACAAAGAAGUUUGGUUGAUAUUUGCCCAAAAUUAGAUGAUGGUACCAAAUGCCCAGCAUGCCCAAAGGCGGCUGGGGAUAUGAUUGUAACAUUGGAUGCCAACUUUGGCCUUGUGAGGAAGCAAAGCUCAGGUACAAGUGCGGUUGAGCCAUUACACGGAACCCGCAUGUUUGUUAAUGAAAACGAUGUAGAGGAAUACCUGCUAUCACAUCUUGACAGCUCAGAACCUCACGAGGACUGCAGUAACUUCAAGGCUGGCAACGUGCUGAGGUCACAAAAACAAGCGAAGAAACUUGAUGUUACAGGAGUGUUUGGAGCCUCUUGUCGUCAUGAAAUGCCCCUAAUGUUUGUCAACAUGAGCCAAGGAGAACGAUUAGCCUAUCCCCUGUAUGUCAUCGAUGAGCUACUUCGAAGAUGUGAGGACAAGAACAUACACCUCCGAAUCGUUUAUGACAUUGCCUGUGUUGUUGCCUCACAUUUGCAUAAAUUAGGGAAGGGCAUACCACACAACAUCUCUUUGGCCAUACCAGCAUUUCACGUUUAUGGACACAAAUUGCCCUGCCAGAUCAAGUACAGCACUAGGCGACUCGAUGGGUUUGGGCUCACAGACGGGGAAGGAAUGGAAAGGCUGUGGUCUUUUCUCAGAAGAUUUGCCAGAGUCACAAAGGAGAUGACUCCAUCUCACCGCCUUGACCUGUUGACUGAUGCCCUUUUGCAUUAUGGACGGAGGAAAUCAACUGACCUAGAGAUGCAGCUCCUGCAAAGACUAGACAGAGCAGAGAAAAUAUCAAUUCUCGCUCAAGAAGACAUCUCAUCUGUCAUCAGAGAGGCACCAGUGUUGGUUUCUGAGGGAGACAUGGAGAAAUGGAAAAAAAGGGAAAUGGAGCUAGCCCAGCAGAAACAGAAACCAAUAAGCACUGUCUGUAGAUGGAAAAGGGACUACAUCAUCAAGCUGAUUCAGUUCUACAAGUUCAAAUCUGGGAAUCGUGAGUCAUCCAUGGAGUGUGAAACAGAAAUUGAGGACUCUCUGCUGAACAUAGAGAAAAAACACCGGAUUGGGAGAAGAUGGCAAGAAUCCGAUUCAGACUUCCAGUCUACCCUUAAAAAUGUGGACUGUGAGCUCAGAGGGCAACUAAUCUUCAAAGCUAGAACUGAAUCAAGGGAGAGAGCAGUCCUCCUCCAUCUGAAAAGAAAAUAUCCAGACGGGCAGGGCAUUGCCAUUAGACUUUCCAAGCAGAUUGCCAGUUCCAACAAGAGACUGAGGCAGGCAAUAAAUGAAUACAACCGGAUUCAGUGGCCACCGCAGAGGAGCAUCUUCCCCACAAUAAUUGAUUUUCAGGAAGCAUGCGAUCCCUCUUGGCAAGUCUACUUCUGCUUUGAUGACACUAUUGAAGACGAUAAUGUUUCGAGGAGUCUUAAACGGCGAGCAAUUGAUGCCAUAAAUAUGAAGACUCGAGCAACUGAGGAAAAGGGCAUGCUGUACCAGGAAAUGAGAAAUAUUACUGAACACCUCCAUCAGCAGCAUGCCUUUCUUUGCUCUGCCAUUAAAGACACAGAUCAGCCUGGUGCAAAAGCUGCUCUCACCCAAAGACUCCAUCAGGUGGAAAGAAAACGUCAUCAAGCAACUGUGAUGUUUCACACACAUGUACAAGACAUUGUCCCUGUAGACAACCCCUACUUGUGUCAGGCCCUCCCCAUGUCAAGCAUAGAGACUCUAGUGUACAAUGAGGAUGGUGAUGAUGAUAAUGAGGAUGACACUGAGGAUGACCAUGAUAACUAG